AUGGAUAAGGAUGCUCUGCUGGACUACGAGUACCCAGACUACGACCCUGUUCCCAAGAUUAACAGAGAAAUCAUUCCUCCAUGUGAGCCCACUGCAGAUGACAGACUCUACCACAUAUGCAUCAGUGCAGUAUCACUUCUCGUCAUGGUGAUUCUCGCAGUUUUAGCCAGACGUACAGAAACCGGCACCAAACAGAGAAGACUCCUAGGCUUGCUCAGUCCAGUCAACUUCCUGGACCAUACCCAGCACAAGGGCCUGGCAGUGGCUGUGUUUGGAGUGCUUUUGUGCAAAUUCUUCACCAUGGUCAUAUCACCAAAACCUCUACCCUUCAUGACAGAGGCCGAGAACAAACAAAACUGGAUGAUCUUGGGAGUCUUCUUCUACCCCGCACUUUACUACCCUCUCCUGGCAUGUGGCACUCUUCAUAACAAAGUCGGCUAUGUACUCGGUAGUCUUUUAUCCUGGACGCACUUUGGUGUGUUGGUUUGGCAAAAAAUUGACUGCCCUACAACACCGCAGAUACACAAACACUACUUGCUGUUCUCCAGUUUGCCCCAGAUAGCUUGUUUGGCUUUCCUAAGUUUCCAGUAUCCUCUUCUCCUUUUCAAGGGCUUAAAAGGCACUGAAAAGAACAACGUUACUGAGGAUCUAAGCAGCUGUUACUACAGCGACUAUGUGAGGAAAUUGCUUAAAAAGAGGCACAUGAAAAUAAGCGUAUCAAGCACAGAGACCCCCAAGCUUCCUCAAAGAAUAAAGGAUGCUGUAAAAUCUUACAUUUAUACACCAGAGGAAGCUUUCAGGUUCCCUCUAAAGUUGGCCAUAUCUGGAGUGGUGUCAUUUAUCACACUUUAUCAGGUGGGCCUGCUGCUGAUCAUGGCCGUGGUGCCAACACUCCAGAUCGCCCGCAUGGGAGUCAAUGAUGACAUUGCCAAUGUUUUAGCCGGCUUCCGCAUCGUGCUGUCUCCUGACAAACAUGAAGUGGUCCGAAUAGUGGUCUAUUACAUGUGGUGUUUCGAGGUGUGCUACAUCUCAGCGAUGGCUCUGUCAAGCCUUGUCAACUUGGCAAUGUUCAUGAGGUCCAUGGUUCUUCAUCGGUCCAACCUAAAGGGGCUUUACAGAGGAGAUAUCUAUAAUGUUUAUAACUGCCAGAGGAGUAUUCGGGCUUCCCGGCCUGCUUUGGUCUGCUGGAUGGGAUACACCAGCUUCACGGCAGCUCACGUCUGCAUCGCCGUGAUGGUCCAAACCAUGGUGUUCUUCCUCUGUCUACUCAUCGUUGUCUUCCUCUGUAUCAUACCCAUCCUGCAUGGACAGAACCUCAUCCUCUUUCAUAUCCUUUUGAGCAUGUGGCCUUUCUGGUUGAUGAUUCUCCUGGCUGUGCUGAUUCAGCAUGUCACUUCCAGAUUUUGGUUCAUUAAAAAGAUAUCUGGCACACGAGACCUUGACAACAGGGGCAACCUCUUCCUGCUGACUUACCUGCUGUUUCCAGUGAAUGUUCUCAUCGGGGUGCUACUGGCUGUCUGGCGCUUGAUUGUCACAGCCUUGUUCAACAUUGUUCACAUGGGACGCAUGGACAUCAGCCUUCUGAACAGAAAUGUGGAGCCUUUUGAUCCGGCCUACCGCUGUUACGCUCAUUAUCUGAAGAUCGAGGUGUGCCAGUCCCACCCUGUGAUGAAGGCUUUCUGUGGGAUGCUGCUGCAGUCUGCAGACAGCAAGAACAAUGUCGUGCAGCGGUCACGGGACACUGAAGAAGGGAUCCAGUUGGUCCAGCAAGAGAAGAAACAAGUGAAGGUGUCAAGUGCCAAGCGAGCCAGGGGUCACUGGCAGCUCCUCUACACUCUGGUCAACAACCCCUCACUGGUGGGCACCAGGAAACACUUCCUGCAGCAGCGCGCGGCCACCGACAGCUUUGUGAACGGGAGCCUGAAGGGCAGCACCAAAGGAGGCGACAGCAAGGAGACUUGCAACUGA